ACCUGGAACUCUCGCGUUCGAUCAUGGCCUCCUCACUUCCCGACUUCCGCGGCCGCAGAAGCGGCCCUCCUCUUCCUCUUCCCCUUCCUCUUCCUCCUUUCCUCUUCUCUCUUCCGCAUCUCUUCCUCUCUUCCUUUCGGUUUGCAUUAUCGAAGGAAGUAGGAAGAGAUGGAUUUGGUUCCCAAUAUUACCUUGCUCGCCGUUCUCCUCCUCCUUGUAUCGGUGCCGAUGGCCGAUUCUACCUUCAUCUCAGAUAAUGUGCUCGAGUCGCGUGGAUCUGCUGGAAGGAGUUUGCUUCAGGCUCAAUCGAGUUGCCCUAUCGACUUUGAAAACUUGAACUACACGAUCAUCACCAGCAUGUGCAAGGGUCCACAAUACCCUGCUAAGUUCUGCUGUACUGCUUUCAAGGAAUUUGCAUGCCCUUAUGCAGAUCAGUUGAAUGAUGCCUCAAAUGACUGCGCCACGACCAUGUUCAGUUACAUUAACCUCUAUGGAAAGUAUCCUCCAGGCCUCUUUGCCAGUGAAUGCCGUGAAGGCAACCAAGGCCUCGCUUGUGAUGCUCUUCCCCCAGGUUCAGAGAGUGCCGAUGCAAGCUUUGCCAUGACAGUUCAACGCUCCACCUCCCUUGUACUGUUUUUUUCUGGACUUGUAACAUUCCUUUGUUGGUGAAACUUGCAUAGUCUACUAUCUCACGGUCAUGCCAAAUCUAUGAGUUCUCUGAGAGUCAAGACAAAUUGAGCCACGCCUACAAAGCUUAUUAGGCACCGCUACUUCUCGCCUGUUUGUAUCAUUGUGUGUGUAACAACAGUGGAACAUUGAUUUCUCAAUUUACUAUGCCUUUUGCUCUUUAGACAAUAGACAUAUUCAU